CCCACCACAAAGGAGCUGAAGUUCAAAUAGGGCUCUUUUAGCUACGCUCGAAAUGAUGGAUUGAAAGCUCCGAAACGCAGAAGAGCCAGAGUUCCUGAAAAGCAACCCAUUGUCCCCCCGAAUGUGAAUGGCAUGGCUUAGGCUCACGUUAAAGGGACGGGAGUGUAAGGAAAUUCAAGCCGGACUGCCGUAGCCUUACGCUGCCAUCCUUCCAAGCCCAGGACCAAAACACAGAAGCGCUUUCAAUCCAUCAGGAGCCAGCCAGUCCUGAGGUGAAAUGAUUUCUUUUGCUUCUGAAUGAUGUCACAAUUUCUGUGGAUGAGCCAGUCGGUGAAUUUUUGAUUUCCUAAAAGCCUGAAGCUUGAAGAAAGAAGCCCAAAGGAGAAAAGGAUUCAAACAUUCCUUAAUAAGGAAGCAGUUAUAAAAACGACCAUGAAGGCAGAAGUCUGUUUAUUCCUAAUGGCUGUCGUGGGAGUCCAUGCUGGUAAGACCCACGUUUUUGAAGGCAAUGGCGAGGGAGAAGAGCAAGAAUUUGUGUAUACAAACAGGUAUAAACGCUCCACUGACACUCAAGACAAAUGCACCUAUACCUUCAUCGUACCUCAGCAGAAAGUGACGGGUGCCAUUUGCGUAAACUCAAAAGAGCCUGACGUCGUACUUGAAAACAGGGUAAACAAGCAGGAGCUCGAGCUCCUGAACAACGAACUCUUGAAGCAAAAGAGGCAAAUCGAAACCCUCCAGCAGUUGGUGGAGGUCGACGGAGGGAUCGUCAACGAGGUGAAGCUCUUGCGCAAAGAGAGCCGCAACAUGAACUCGCGGGUCACGCAACUCUACAUGCAGCUGCUGCACGAAAUCAUCCGAAAGCGGGACAAUGCGUUAGAACUUUCCCAGUUGGAGAACAAGAUCCUGAACCAAACGGCGGACAUGCUGCAGCUGGCCAACAAAUACAAAGACUUGGAGCACAAAUACCAGCACUUGGUCGCCAUCGCCAACAACCAGUCGAUCAUUAUUGCCCAACUCGAAGAGCACUGCCAAAGACCGCCGUCCAUGAAGCCGGCCCUCCAGCCUCCGCAGCCACCAAACCGAGUCUACCAGCCGCCCACUUACAAUCGCAUCAUUAACCAGAUCUCGAACAACGAGAUUCAAAGUGACCAGAAUUUAAAGGUUCUGCCGCCCACCCUACCUACCAUGCCACCCGUUACCAGCAUCCCAACUUCCACUGACAAACCAUCAGGUCCUUGGAGAGACUGCCUACAGGCCUUAGAAGAUGGCCAUGACACCAGUUCCAUAUACCUUGUGAAACCUGAAAACACCAACCGGUUGAUGCAGGUCUGGUGUGAUCAACGGCAUGAUCCUGGUGGCUGGACGGUAAUCCAGAGGCGUUUGGAUGGAUCUGUCAACUUUUUCAGGAAUUGGGAGACUUAUAAGCAAGGAUUUGGGAACAUUGACGGAGAGUACUGGUUAGGCCUCGAAAACCUUUACUGGCUGACAAACCAAGGCAACUAUAAAUUACUGGUCACCAUGGAAGACUGGUCAGGCCGGAAAGUGUUUGCGGAAUACGCCAGUUUCAGAGUGGAGCCCGAGAGCGAGUACUACAAGCUGCGACUGGGGCGGUACAACGGAAACGCCGGAGACUCCUUCACGUGGCACAAUGGGAAGCAAUUCACUACACUGGACAGAGAUCAUGAUGUAUAUACAGGUAACUGUGCUCAUUACCAGAAGGGGGGAUGGUGGUACAACGCAUGUGCUCACUCGAACCUCAAUGGCGUCUGGUACCGAGGAGGACACUAUCGGAGCCGCUACCAGGACGGCGUCUAUUGGGCAGAGUUUCGGGGGGGAUCGUAUUCCUUGAAGAAAGUUGUCAUGAUGAUCAGACCGAACCCCAACACAUUCCACUGAAAGGAAAAGCUGCCUUCUCAAGACAGAGAGACUCCAAAGGUGACAACAGUUGCGCCUGCCAUCCAGAACACAUCUUUCCCGCAGCAAAGAAUGUAAUAUAUUGUACACUGACUGCCAUCUAAUCACCAGACUUGUAUAUUGUAUUUUUUUUCCAAGAAUCGUUCCAGAACCAAAAGAAAAAGGAAGCAUUUCGAAACAUCCCUUUCUGCACCAAAUGAAUCCGUUGUGUAAAAUAGACUGUUGAUGCUCAGAAUACUGCCACGUCAUCUAAAUAUUUUGUAUAUUUUAUAUAUUCUCAAGCAUUGAACAUAUUCCAAACUGUACAGUAAGACUUCUUAAAAUAAUAAUGAUGAUGAUGAUGAUGAUAAUAAUAAUAAUGAUAAUAAUGAAUUCAUUUGACACAGGAAAUUAUAUCCUUUGAAACUAUGUAGCCAGAACAGGUACUUUAUACCAUUAGAGCGAUUGUUCCUAAUUUAAUUUUUGUUAGUGUUUACUUUAAAGUGUCUACAAAAUGCCAAGCACAAACAGAACCCCGUUUACUUGGAGCCCAAGGCACUAUUAGAACCUGACAAUAAAUUAUUGUAUACAGGGCACACAAGCAGUUGUGGUUAUGGGUUGCUGUGAAUUUUCCAGGCUGUUCCAGAAGCAUUCUCUCCUGAUGUUUCCCCCACAUGUAUGGCAGGCAUCCUCAGAGGUCUGUUGGAAACUGUGGGCUGUUAGUAGCCAGCUGCAAUAAAUCAGGUCAUGAGUUCGAAACCAGCCCGAGUCAGAUUGAGCGCCCGACCAUUAAAAAUAGUCUAGCUUGUUGCUGACCUAAGCAACCCGAAAGAUAGUUGUACAGUGGAAGUCUCACUUAUCCAAGCCUCACUUAUCCAAGCCUCUGGAUAAUCCAAGCCAUUUUUGUAGUCAAUGUUUUCAAUAUAUCACGAUAUUUUGGUGCUAAAUUUGUAAAUACAGUAAUUACAACAUAACAUUACUGCACAUUGAGCUACUUUUUCUGUCAAAUUUGUGUAUAACAUGAUAUUUUGGUGCUUAAUUUGUAAAAUCAUAACCUAAUUUGAUGUUUAAUAGGCUUUUCCUUAAUCCCUCCUUAUUAUCCAAGUUAUUCACUUAUCCAAGCUUCUGCCGGCCCCUUUAGCUUGGAUAAGUGAGACUCUACUGUAUUUAUCAAGUAGGAAAAUUAGGUACCGCUUUAUGCGGGGAGGCUAAUUUAACUAAUUCAUGAGCAGCCUGCAGAAGAUGGAGGAAGUAAUCCAUCAAGGACUUAGGCAUCCUCAGAAGUUGUGAAGUUGUGACAUUCCACAGGUAUAUAUAAACAACCCACUUGCCUAGUUGCCAACAGAUCUCACAACCUCUGAAGAUGCCUGCCAUAGAUAUGGGUGAAACUUCAGGAGAGAAUGCUUCUUGAAUAUGGCCAUACAGCCCGGAAAACUCACAGCAACCCAGCGAUUCUGCCCAUGAAAGCCUUUGACAACACAGUUGAGGUUAUCUUCUCUUUUCUAAAUUGUCAACCACUACCUAUGAAAUUAUGAGACGGGUAUUUUCCACGAUCAACAUUGAGACUUAGAUCUUUUAUAAGCAGCUUCGAUUCUACCCAUUAAGGACAUAUUUUGCAAUGAAAACAAGUGACAUCUAACAAGUUUCAAGGUAUUUUGUGUGCUCCGUAGUCAUCACCACAACAAAUAUGAGCUAUCCAACUUUGCAGGCAAAUGGUGGAUACAUAUAUAUAUAUAACUUAUUUAAAUGCCCCUAGCCACUACAUUAUGACAUUUAGAAAGAACUAUUUGAAAACCAGAACUAUAUUUGCCAUACUUCAUUAUUAUUGUGUCAAAAGAGAACUAUCAUAUUUAUAAAGUCCAGCGAAGGAGCCCGAACCCGUCUGCGGAGGUAAGUUUCCCGAACAAUAUAUUUGCAGAUUUGCAAAAAUGAUCCAUGACAAAACUCUUAUUACCUCGUCAUUUCUUUCCGGAUUUACAAUGUGCGUGAAAGUUCGGGAGUCCGAUGUAGCAAGUCUUGUACAUAAAUGGAAGUAGGGAUUUUUUAAUAUAUGAUCAGAUUAUCCGUAUAAUAAUGAAAAUGUGUAAUAAAAGCAACCGAUGCUA